AUGGAAUUCCAAACUCCCUUACCAACUCAAAAUGAUGAUGAGCCUGCCAUGGCACCCACCGUGGAAUUACAAACCCCCUCCCUGACUCAAGAUAAUGAUGAGCCGGCCAUGGCUCGGAAUCCACUAUACUACCGACCCACAGUGCCCUCAUCUACCGAGAUUGGCGAUGUUACCACCAUCCAAACUUAUCCUGGAGGAAGAAACUCUAUCGCGCACGAUAUUCUCGAUGCGGAAUCUGACGAGAUGCUCCUGGCUACCUAUGAGAAUAUUCGCACUUGUCUCCUCCAACCGAUUAAAGCGUCUGGCGGAAAAACACCUGCCCCUGUUGACUCACCGCAUCAAAAAAGACGUGAGAAUGCUCAAGCCGUGUAUGAGGUGAUUGAGGAGCCGCAAGUGCGAGAUUCGGAUUUCCGCAAGGGCUGUCUCGAACGUGAUAGAGAUCGUUGUGUGGUGACAAAAGCCAUAUCGUUCGACAAGGCGGAAGAAACAGGGUCGGCGGAGGAUGUUCUACAGGGGGAUCUCGAAGCUGCGCAUAUCAUUCCCUGGUCGUUUGCAAGCUACGACCCCAUGAAAGGUGCAAGCACCAUCUCGAAUAUGUGGGAAACCCUCUACCGAUGUUUCCCUGAGAUACGCACAAUCAUGCGAAGUUCCAGAAUCAAUGAGAUCGAGAAUGGCCUCACGCUUCACCAUUCUAUCCACCGCGCAUUCGGUCGCUUCCGAUGUGCCUUCGAGCCGAUCGCCAACGCUCCGCAUACGUACAACUUCGUCACCUUCAAGCGCUUCCCCACCGAAAUGAACCCAUUCCUCCCCCACCAGGUCACUUUCGUAGAUGCAUCCCAGCCUGAGUCAGAGUCCCGUCUUCCACACCCGGUCUUGUUAGACUAUCACUAUCGACUUGCGAAAUUUUUCCACGCGAGUGGGAUGGGCGAGGUCAUUGAUAAAACUCUUGACCGUUUAAAGGAACUUAAGACUGGUUCAGUCUUAGCUCGUGAUGGUACUACUGAUCUAGGGUCUUUGCUUCGAUACGCGGUCUGGGAAUCUGUCACAGUUUAA